AUGGCAGAGGUGGACAAUUUCAGAGGUGGUGCGGUUCAUGAAAGUGGAAAACCUCAGGCACUCCGUGUGGAAGUUCGUUGGAUGCUUACGGCGGGGCUGGCUUGCGAGGUGGUUGCAACGCCCAGCACAAGCAUUGCCGAAAUACGGGCACAGGUGUGUGAGACCACCGGAGUUCCAAUCGAGCAGCAGAGACUCUUCCACGAAGGCAAAGAGCUGUCGCAGCCAAUCGAUGUGUCAGAGAUGGGUUUUCCCUACGCCGGAAUCCAGCUGGUUCGCUGCCUGAGCGAUCCUCGCAAUACCAACAGGGCACACUUCAGGAAGAAUCUUGAGCUGGAUGAGGGUCUUGUGGGCGAUUUCGUUUGGGUCAAAAGGCUUGGAGAUGCCAUAUAUGGUGAGGUUGGGCAGUACAAGUGGAAAACAGGAUGCAACUUUCGGGAUGUUGCCGUCAAGUGCAGAAGCAUUGACAAGGCACGGCAAGCGCUUGGCGAGGAGAAUGAGUGGACUGCUCACAUGUCCGGCCAAAACGUACCCAACCCAGAGGACGCAUUUGCAGAGAUUGGGAUUCUCCAGUAUUUGUCAAAGCAACCGGAUCUUCCUGCUUAUCUGCUGAAAUCGAUGGCAGCGUUUACGCACAACUCCAACAUAUGGCUCGUGACGGAGCUGGCAGUGGGUGGCGAACUGCUUGACGCGGUGCUCAAUGGACGUGUUGACGAACGUCAACGGAGGCAAUACACGUGGCAAAUGCUGCAAGCCGUGAAGUACCUGCAUGCCCACAACAUAGGCCACCGCGAUAUUUCCUUGGAGAAUGUCUUGCUGCAAGGCGACAGCAUCAGGCUCAUGGAUUUCGGAAAUGCGGUUCAAAGUCAUUCGGCCACCGGGCAAGAGCUCCGCUACUUCCUUGCUGUCGGCAAGGAUACCUACCGAGCUCCAGAAUGUUUCGUGCCACGCCAACCAGAUGCGAGAGUCACAGUCCCAGCAGCAGCCAGACCUGGAGACAUCAUCAUGCAUCGAGGCUACGAGGGACUUUGGCAGGUUCGCUUGCCGUCCAGUGCGAUGCCCGGUCAGGCCUGUCAAGCAGAGAACUGGGGCUACGCUGUGCAGCCUGCGGAUGUGUUUUCCUGUGGCAUAUGCCUCUUCUGUAUGAGCUACGGCAAUGGCCCUUGGGGCAGCGCUCAGCUGAGCGACGAGUUCUUUGAAUACGUCUACAAGAACCAGCAAAAUGGGUUGAAGGACUUGUUACGGCACUGGCAGAAGCCACUCUGCGACAGCGAGGCGAUGGAGCUAAUUUUGAGUAUGCUGAAAGUGGAUCCUCUUUCACGACCAAGUGCGGAAAAAUGCUUGCAGAGUGGUUGGCUGAUGCAGAUGGCUCAAAGUCCCGUCCCACAACAUCAGCAGUCUUGUGCGAUGAUUGUUUGA